CCUGUCUCAAAUUAUUCUCUUUCAUUGUAGGUCGGAUUUUUAGUCAUUUUUUAUUUUGUUAUUCCACUCAUUGAAUUUAGUUGUUAAGUAGCAGGACUGGAACUACAAUAGAGUAAUGGCGUCUUCAGAUGAUGAGGCUGAGACCUUACCAGUACCACCUGUCUCAAAUUAUCACUUUGUGGAUCACAAGGAAGAACCUAUUUCAUUCUCUAUUUUGCCGAUUAAAUGGGAUGAAGGGGAGAGAUUGGAGGGCAGUCAAGAACCUGUUUUCCUCCAUGGUACAGUUGAUAAUGGACUUCAAAAGGUUUAUAAACAGGUUACCGCAUGGAGAUUUAAUAUUUCUGGUUCAAAGCCAGAGAUAUCGGUGCUUUCCAAAGAGAAUGUGUGGAUUACACUUCAGAAGCCUAGAAAGAGCUUUGAGGAUACCAUUAGAACCAUCUUGAUCACAGUGCACUGCCUUCAUGCUUUGAAGAGGAAUCCAGAUACAUCUAGCAAAUCUUUGUGGGAUCUAUUAGCUAAAACCUUUAGCUUGUAUGAAGUGAGGCCUUCCCAGAAUGAUUUGGUGGAUCACAUGUCAUUAAUCGGAGAAGCAGUUAAAAGGGAUGAUAUAUUGGCCAAGUCCCAGUUCUUACUUGCAUUCCUUGAAGAGAAGCCUGUUAAGAGAAUGUCAUGUCAUGAGUUGUUCUUUCAGGAUGCUCAACGUAAUAUGCAGCCAAGUUUUAUAGUUGAUGAUUCAGAUGAUGAAGACAUGGUUGAUGAUGCUGUUGAAGAGGAAAGUGAUGAUGCUGUUGAAGAGGAAAGUGAUGAUGAUGUCUUUGAUUCUGUCUGUGCAUUUUGUGAUAAUGGUGGCAACAUUAUAUGCUGUGAUGGGAGGUGCAUGAGGUCCUUUCAUGCAACUGAAGAGGAUGGUGAUUGUUUCUCGCUCGGUCUCUCUAAAGAAGAAGUAGAUGCAAUUGAAACCUUUAUUUGCAAGAAUUGCGAGUACAAACAGCACCAGUGCUAUGCUUGCGGGAAUUUAGGUUCAUCUGAUCAGUCUUCUGGUGCUGAGGUCUUCCAAUGCGUAAAUGCAACUUGUGGUUAUUUUUAUCAUCCUAAAUGUAUUUCAAGAUUGCUUCAUCCGGAGAAUAAAGUUGCCGCUGGAGACCUUGAGAAGAAGAUUGCAUCUGGAGAAUCUUUCUCAUGCCCUGUGCAUAAGUGCUCUGUUUGUGCGCUCGGCGAAAAUAAGAAAAUAUGGGAACUACAGUUUGCUGUUUGUCGACGGUGUCCAAAAUCAUACCACAGGAAAUGCUUACCAAGGAAAAUCACUUUUGAAGGUUCUGAGGAUGGUGAAACCCCGACCAGGGCAUGGGAAAAGCUAUUACCUAAUCGCAUUUUGAUAUAUUGCUUGGACCAUGAGAUUGAUGAAGAAAUUGAGACUCCUGCUAGAGACCAUAUAAAAUUUCCUGGUCUUGAAGAGAGUAGGCUUCCCAUUCAGAAAAGGAAACUUCCUAUCAGUGAUACAAGACGAGGGAAGACGAUAGUUUUUCGUGGGAGUAGGGAGAAUGUUGUAUCAAAGAAGGGAUCUAUGCCAGAUGACCUUCAGGGAAAAUCUGCUGCAAAAGUAUCCAAAUCAUUUGAGAGGUCCUCAUCUGAUGGGAAGCUUCUUGGUAAAGUGACUGCGAAAUCAUUGUGGAGUUCUGAGUCUAAAAAUGUGAAAUUGGGUAACAUUUCAAGAAACUCUUUGAAUCAAAAAGGAGAAUCUGUCCUCAUGGACAUUGAUAAGACGAUCAAAGUGAAAAAAUCCUCCUUAGUUGGCAAGUCUGCCAUACCAACCAAGAGAUUUGAUCCAAGUAAGAUUUACAAGGAGGAUAGAAGUGGGAUGCUCCUAUUAGAUGCCAAUUCGGAGAGGAGGUUAAUGGACAUGAUGAAAAUUGUUGCAUCGUCAAUUACUUUGGAAGACGUAAUUAAGAAGCACAAAGUCCCAUCUACUCAUGCAUAUUCUUUAAAACAUGUAGUGGACAAGACAAUUAAGAUGGGGAAGUUGGAAGGGUCAGUUGUGGUUGUUCGAGCUGCUCUGCGCAAGCUUGAGGAAGGAUGUUGCAUUGAGGAUGCAGAAGCUGUUUGUGAGCCUGAAGUUCUUAACCACAUAUUUAAGUGGAAGAUUGUUGAUAGGCUUCAUUGGUACAUAGAGAAAGGCAAUACAGAUUGAAAGAUUUUAGAAUAAAAAAUAGAAGCCAUGUUAGAUAUUCUCUUCGAAUUGUGCUCAGGGCAGCAAGUUAAUUGGGAGAAGUAAGCAUUAUAUGGAGGCAAUAUUGAUGAGGCUACAUUGAUCUCUACUUCUUCAAGGCUGAAUUGGGAGGCUGGUAAUUGCCUUUAUAUAUCUUGGCUUACCUCAUGGUGGUUAUUCUAAACAGCAGUCUUUUUGGCAGCCUGUUAUAGAUAAAGUCCAUUUGAAACUCGAUAAAUGGAAAAGGGUAUAACUUGUCCAGAGGGGCCGUUUAACUUUUUUUUUUUUUAAGAUAAGAAACAUUUCAUUGAUAAAUAAAAUCUGUACAACAUUUUCUACUCUGGGUAAAAUGGUUUCUUGUUAGAAAAAUCCUACUUGUUUGAAACCUUAAAAAGUGUCAUCUCUCCAUUGGGUACAUCCAAAUAUAAUGGUACAAAUAUGUGCUAUAAAAAGUUUCUUUAUCCUAUGACCAUUUUUUUCUUUAAAGAUAUGUAAGAAGUGACACUGAACUGUGUCCUUUGUAGCUAUGAUGCCCAAACAAUAAUCAGCUCGUUUGUAUUUAUAUUCAUCGUUAUAGACCUCUUGAAUUGUC